AGGUUUUCCGUAGCUUUCAAAUCUCCUCUGUCGUCUAGCGUGAUGAUGGCGUUUUUCGCGCGUCCAAGGAAUCAUAUAAUGUCGUCUCAAUCAGUUGCAGACAGACGAAGACAGGUUCUUGUCGGAGAGCUGCCUCCCGACUUUUUGCGACUCAUUGUUCCACGAGAACAGGCAACUUCUUUCCCGCAGCAACAGGUAACCCAGUUGGUGUACAGCGGCGGCAGCUUUGUUCCUCCUAAUACACGAGGCCGUGUAUCAAUUACAAUUGCUGAUGCAAACCUUGUGAGGAAUUAUGGCAUUGUAAGGAUGGACCCUUACUGUAGGCUUCGCGUUGGUCAUGCCGUUUUUGAAACUCAAACUAAACUGAGUGGUGGUCGAAGCCCUGUAUGGAAUCGCACCAUCCAUGCCUAUCUUCCCAACGGGGUGGAGAGCAUCUACAUCCAAAUAUUCGAUGAGAAAGCGUUUAGUGCGGACGAAUGCGUUGCUUGGGCGCAUGUGAUGCUUCCUCAGGCUAUUUUCAAUGGCGAAACAAUCGAUGAUUAUUACCCUCUAAGUGGUCAACAGGGGGAAGGCAAAGAGGGAAUGCUUCAUCUCAUCAUUUCAUUUGCCCCAGUGGAUGCUACCGUUUCUGCUGAAGCUGUCUUACCUUCUACUGCUUCUCCACCCUUGCCAGUGGAGAUCACUGCUGAGGACACAAAAGAAUUAGAAGCAAUGUUCCCAGGAGUGGACAGAGAAGUAAUCAGAUGCGUGCUCGAAGAAAGCCGAGGCGACAAGGAUGCAACCGUGAGCGCUCUACUGGAAAUGAGCAAGAAUGAAUAAGUGAUGGUGUAUAUGCAGCUUAUUUUUUGUGUGAUUAUAUAAGAUUGUUUUCUUGAGCAGCAUCUGCUUUCUGUGAACCUUUCGUUUAUCUUUCUAUGUUCAUAAAUUGUCAAUCUAUGCAUGAGUUCCAAGGGUAGACGCGUGCAGAUCGUCAACAGCUUCUCUUCUAUGAACGAAUUCUUUGAAAUAAAUAUGCCCGAGG